AUGAGCUCUCUCAAGUUUGUGGUGUCCUCCUUGGAUGCCAUUGCUACCUCCAAAGAUGCGCAGCGCAACAAGCAGCUUGCCGAGUCUGCAAACAAGGCUCUCGAUGCCAUCAAGGAGCAAGACCAGCUUCCAGACCCCGAAAUCGUCUUUGCUCCUUUGCAACUAGCCACAAAGUCGAGCAACUCACAGUUGACGACGGCUGCUCUCGAUUGCAUCGGCAAGCUGAUAUCCUAUUCAUAUUUCUCAAUACCUACCAAAGAAGACGUCGCGGAUACCGAUAACAAAGAAUCCGUCGAGCAACUACCCCCCCUGAUCGAGCGAGCCAUCGACACAAUUUGUGACUGUUUCCAGGGCGAAACUACGGCUGUUGAGAUUCAGCUUCAAAUUGUCAAGUCCCUACUUGCUGCUGUUCUCAAUGACAAAAUUGUCGUGCAUGGUGCAGGUCUUCUCAAAGCCGUCCGCCAGGUCUACAAUGUGUUUCUGCUGUCAAGAAGCACUGCAAAUCAGCAGGUUGCCCAAGGCACCUUGACGCAGAUGGUUGGGACAGUCUUCGAACGUGUGAGGACGAGGCUGCACAUGAAGGAGUCUAGACUGAGCCUAGGCAGCAUGAAGCAUAGCUCCAGCAACAUCACAUUUGAUCCUAACGAUCUGGCAAGUAGCACACAGCUGGGUCUCAAUGGCGAGGAGUCGCCUGCACCUCAAUCGGACACCAAUGCUCCAGAACAGUCCAACGGUGGUGCCAAGCUGACAUUGAAGGAUCUCGAGCAUCGGAAGAGUUUUGAUGAUUCUACGCUCGGUGAUGGGCCAACAAUGGUCACAAGGUUGAAGCCUGCCAACAAAGAUGACUCGUUAACUUCUAGUCCAUCAGGGCCCGAUGGUUCGACCCAGGAAGAUAUGGAUGAUCUAGAUGCUGAGGACGAAGUAUAUAUACGAGAUGCCUACCUCGUAUUUCGGUCUUUCUGUAACUUGUCAACCAAAAUUCUCCCCCCUGAUCAGUUGUAUGAUCUGCGCGGACAGCCAAUGCGAUCGAAACUCAUCUCUCUUCACCUCAUUCAUACUUUACUCAACAACAACAUCACCGUGUUCACGUCACCCCUCUGCACCAUAAAGAAUUCUAAAAACAACGAGCCAACAUCAUUCUUGCAAGCCAUCAAGUUUUACCUUUGCCUUAGCAUCACCCGCAAUGGUGCAAGUUCUGUAGACCGCAUCUUUGAUGUUUGUUCCGAGAUUUUUUGGUUAAUGCUCAAAUACAUGAGGUCCUCGUUCAAGAAAGAAAUCGAGGUCUUUCUUAACGAAAUCUACCUUGCCCUCCUAUCUCGACGCAACGCGCCGGUGUCACAAAAGCUCUACUUUGUAACGAUACUCAAUCGGCUGUGUGCAGACCCCAGAGCUCUAGUCGAAACGUAUCUCAACUAUGAUUGUGACCAGACUGUGGACAACAUCUUUCAAACUAUGGUCGAGGAUCUUUCCAAAUUCUCCACAACACCCCUGGUAAUCACAACAAUCAACGAACAGGUAUAUGAAGAGUUGAGGGCCAAGACACCACCCGCCAGCGAGUGGCAGCUGAAAGGCAUUCUACCACCCCCGUUAACAGUUGCCCAAAUCAUCCCACCGCAGGAGAAUGAACCAGACUACCCGAAGGAAUAUGCAAUGAAGCGGCUAUCACUCGAAGCUUUGGUCGAAACGCUCAGAUCCCUGGUUAACUGGUCAGCCUCAGUACGAUCUGAUGGUGGCGAUAUGCUUCGACCAGAAGGGGAUAUCAAAGGCUCCCUUGAUGAAUUGCGACCAUCCAUUGACCCUACGUUGAGCGAUAGCGCGUCUCGACUCGAGACUCCUCUACCGCCUUCUACUCCUGUUGUGGACGAUGACCCUGAUCAGCUGGAAAAAGAGAAGGCGCGCAAAACUGCAUUGAUAAAUGCUAUCAGGCAGUUCAACUUCAAGCCUAAGAAAGGUGUCAAACUUCUAUUACGUGAUGGAUUUAUCGACAGUAACAGCCCUGCGGAUAUUGCCAAUUUCCUCUUAAAGGAGGAUAAGCUUGACAAAGCCCAAAUUGGGGAGUACUUGGGAGAAGGUGACCAAGAGAAUAUUGACAUCAUGCACGCAUUCGUUGAUGCAAUGGAUUUUACCAAGAAACGUUUUGUCGAUGCACUGCGCCAAUUUCUACAGUCGUUCCGGCUGCCUGGUGAAGCUCAAAAGAUCGACCGAUUUAUGCUCAAGUUUGCCGAACGCUAUGUUAUGGGGAAUCCCAACGCUUUUGCGAAUGCAGACACCGCCUAUGUUCUUGCCUACUCUGUCAUAAUGUUGAACACGGAUCAGCACAGCAGCAAAAUUGCCAAACGCAUGAGCAAGGAGGAAUUCAUCAAAAACAACCGUGGCAUAAAUGACAAUGCAGAUCUACCCGACGAGUAUCUCCUGGGCAUUUACGAUGAAAUCGCAAAUAAUGAAAUCGUACUCACAAGCGAGCGUGAAGCUGCCGCAGUAGCCGGUACGGUCACAGCCAAUCCCGCAGGCGGCCUCGCGGCUGGUAUUGGCCAAGCUUUCUCCAACGUUGGCCGGGACUUGCAACGCGAGGCGUACGUGCAACAGUCCGAAGAAAUUUCUCUGCGUUCAGAGCAAUUAUUCAAGAAUCUCUUCAAGAGCCAGCGCCGGAAUACUGCCAAGGCGGAACCCAGGUUUAUCCCGGCAACAUCAUUCAAACAUGUUGGGUCAAUGUUCGAUGUAACGUGGAUGUCGUUCUUCUCGGCGCUAUCCAGCCAAAUCCAAAAAUCUCAUAAUAUUGAGGUGAAUAAGCUUUGCUUAGAAGGCAUGAAACUAGCGACUCGAAUUGCGUGUCUUUUUGAGUUGUCGACACCGAGAGAAGCCUUCAUUUCUGCUCUGAGGAAUACCACGAAUCUGAACAAUCCUCAGGAUAUGCAGGCAAAAAAUAUCGAGGCCCUCAAGGUCAUCUUGGAUCUUGGCCAGACCGAAGGGAAUCUGUUGAGAGAAUCAUGGAAAGACAUACUCAUGUGCAUCAGCCAACUUGAUCGACUGCAACUCAUAACUGGCGGUGUUGACGAAAGUACCAUCCCGGAUGUUUCUCAAGCUCGAUUUAUACCACCCUCAAGGACUGACACUUCAGACUCACGAUCGUCGGCGCAUUCAAGACAGAGACCAAGGCAAAGAUCCGGGACGGGUCCGAGAGGAUUCUCUCAUGAAAUUGCCCUAGAAAGCCGUUCGGAUGACUUUAUUCGCAGUGUUGAUAGAAUUUUCACGAAUACCGCCAACCUCUCUGGUGAGGCUAUGGUGCAAUUUGCAAAAGCUCUCACCGAAGUGAGCUGGGACGAGAUCAAAGUUUCUGGUUCCAACGAAUCGCCUAGAACCUACAGUCUGCAGAAAAUCGUCGAAAUCAGCUAUUACAACAUGAACCGUGUUCGAUUUGAAUGGAGUAAUAUAUGGGAUGUUCUUGGAGAGCACUUCAACCAAGUUGGAUGCCACAACAACAUGAACAUUGUUUUCUUCGCUUUGGAUUCGCUUCGACAACUCUCCAUGAGAUUUAUGGAGAUUGAGGAACUGGCAGGCUUCAAGUUCCAGAAAGAUUUUCUGAAGCCAUUUGAGCACGUACUUGCUAACUCCCAUAAUGUCACAGUCAAGGACUUAGUUUUACGCUGCCUUAUCCAGAUGAUCCAAGCGCGGGGAGGUAAUAUCCGAUCUGGUUGGAGAACCAUGUUUGGAGUAUUCACAGUCGCUGCAAGAGAACCCCACGAGAGUAUUGUGAAUCUUGCUUAUGAAAAUGUUAAUCAGGUCUAUAAGACCAAGUUUGGCGUUGUGAUUUCGCAAGGCGCCUUUACUGACUUAAUUGUCUGUCUCACCGAGUUCUCCAAGAACUUAAAGUUUCAAAAGAAGAGUCUCGCUGCGUUAGAGCUACUCAAAUCCAUCAUUCCUGCGAUGCUGAAAACCCCUGAAUGCCCAUUGUCGCAGAAGUACAAGUCUAUGCAAGGCAACACAAAUGCCGACGCGCUGAACAAGACGUCGGAUGGCCCUAAGAGGACGCUAUCGAACACAACAGUUGAGGAAGGCUUCUGGUUCCCGGUGCUGUUUGCGUUUCACGAUGUGCUCAUGACUGGAGAGGAUUUGGAAGUGCGGUCGAACGCCCUCGAAUACUUCUUUGCUGCUCUUAUCAAGUAUGGCGGUGACUUCACACCUGAGUUUUGGGAUAUCCUGUGGCGACAGCAACUUUAUCCAAUAUUCAUGGUCUUGAGAUCAAGGCCAGAGAUGACGAAUGUGCUUAACCAUGAAGAGCUUUCAGUUUGGCUUUCAACAACAAUGAUUCAGGCCCUUCGGAACAUGAUAACACUUUUUACCCACUACUUCGAGUCCUUGGAAUAUAUGCUUGACCGCUUCUUGGAGUUGCUAGCAUUGUGCAUUUGCCAAGAAAAUGACACAAUAUCUCGUAUCGGAAGCAACUGCUUACAGCAACUCAUUCUGAAAAAUGUCACCAAGUUCACUCCAGAGCAUUGGGCCAAGAUAGUGGGCGCCUUUUGCGAGCUUUUUGAGCGCACGACGGCAUAUCAGCUGUUUACAGCGACAAACAUGGGCACCACAGCUUCUCUGGCUUUACCCUCUAAUGGGUUUGACUUCUCCGGGACCCUAAGCCCUACUGGAGAGACGCCUUCGGUUGAUGAGAAAUCUCUGAAGAUCAACGGCACGAAUGAUGACUCUGGCGCCGUUUCCGACGGCGAGCCUAUCCCCCGCCAACCGUCGCCGAAGCCCCUAGACGAUGAUAUGGAAACUCCAGGCGGUAUUGCCGGCCAGCCGUUAGAGGAAUUCAGGCCAUCAUCAAAUCUACAACAGCAACCUGUGGUUGUGACAGCAGCUAGACGUCGAUUUUUUAACCGCAUUAUCUCACGCUGUGUCCUGCAGCUAUUGAUGAUUGAGACAGUCAACGAACUCUUCAGCAAUGACACAGUGUAUGCUCAUAUUCCGUCAACUGAGCUAUUGCGUUUGAUGGCCUUGCUCAAACGGUCAUUCCAAUUUGCUCGCCGCUUCAAUGAAGAUAAAGAGCUUCGCAUGAAGUUGUGGAGAGAAGGUUUCAUGAAGCAGCCGCCCAACCUGCUUAAACAAGAGAGCGGCGCCGCGGCAACAUACGUGUCUAUUCUAUUCAGAAUGUUCGCCGAUAACGCACCAGAGAGAUUGGAGAGCCGCCCUGAUAUUGAGGCUGCCUUGGUACCACUUUGCAAAGACAUCAUUCAAGGGUACUCGGCUUUGGCCGAAGAAUCACAGCACAGGAAUAUCAUGGCAUGGCGCCCCGUUGUCGUUGACGUACUAGAAGGUUAUGCAACAUUCCCGGAGGACGCUUUCAAGUCUCAUAUUCCAGAAUUCUACCCUCUAGCUGUUGAACUCCUGACUAAGGAACUCAGUCAGGACCUCCGAGGCGCCCUCCUUAUCGUUUUGAGACGUGUGGGCGAGGUCGGUCUAGGUAUUGAAGGCCUGACCAAGGCUGGAGAAAAGAGGAGGGAAAGUAUGAUAGGCGACUCUGCCGAAGAAGUUGCUGCAGGACAGGAUGCAUCCGCAAUGAAGAUGCUGUAA